AGCAAAGAUCCGUACAAAAUGUGUGCGAAAAUUGAAAUAUUGAAUUUAAAAUAGAAAACUAAAAUCUAUGCAUACAUAUAAAUGUGAAAUGUGUAUUUAACGCAAGUUGCUAUAUUUAGAAAUACAAUAUGUGAUGUGAAAAAUCUAGCAAAAAACGAAACAAAAUUUUUGGAUAAAUUUAUUAAAUUAUUAAAACUAAAUAAACAAAUCGAUUAGAAUUAUUAGUGAUUUUAUUAUACAUAAAAUAUUUGUGUAAAAUAUGAUUGUAUAAUGAAAAUAUUUUAAAAUUUUAUGAUCACUUUUGAGAAACAAAGUGGAGAGCUAUUGAGGAGACACACAAAUUUUGGGGGCUAUUUAUAAAUAGAAUUCGGAAGUGUGGUCAAAUAUUUGUUUGAAAAGUGAAAGAACAAAUAACAAACAGAACAUUAUAUGGAUGAAUAGACGAUAAAAAAAGAAAGCGAAAGGAAAUCAAAACGAAACGACUGAACAAAACAAAAGUAAGAGCCAUAGUAUUCAAGAGACUGAGCAAGAGUGAUUUAUUUUCUCUUUAAGUAUUAAAGUAUUAAAAUUAACAAUAGAUAAUGGAAGCUGAUCAUAAGGAAAUUUCCUCGGGCUCGCAUGUACGUAGACGUCGCCGUGUUGGACGAUCCAUGCGUGAAAAAACUCCGGACCCUAGUACUCGGCGUAUUUCAUCCACAGAAGAUGACAACAGUAUAAUAGGUGGCACAACAGUUUCUGAGGACGCUCAAGUUGUGAGCAUGCAAAUAAGGCCACCACGUUCGACCAUGUCUGCUCAUGAGAGUAAAAUACUGAGGCGAAGAGACAAAACAUUUGCCACGGCUGCCACUCGUUCGCUGUCGCAACCCAGAGAAGCUGAACGUUUGUCUGAACCCGAAGCUACUGAACUGAUUAAAACUGUCAAACGUAGUCUAUCUAUGCCGCGCAAUAAAGAAGUUGCCGAGUCAAGUGAGGGUGAAUUACAGGCUAGAGGAAGGACCCUGUCGCCCGAAGCUAGAUUAAUAUCGGUGCCCAUACAAUCGACAGCCGAUGAAAAUCUUUCACGUUUGGAACAAAAUCUAAAACGCUUUGAAAAUGAACGCAAACGUUUUGAAAGCGAAAAGAAAUUAUUUGAGAGAGAGAAAAGAGAACAUAAAUUGAGAUACAAACAAAUGCUAGACAAUGAAGACAGGAAACGUCUGCUGCAGUCUUAUCGCAAGCUUAGUGAUCACAUUAAACUACCUCAAGGAGAAGAAGAGCGCCAACGUUUGAUACAUAGCUUGAGAUUAGAAAGACAAGAGGGCAACUUACCCAAGUCUCGAUCAGCAGUCAAACAUAAUCGUCAUAGUGGCAACUUUGAGGAGUCAUCCACGCAAUUUUCCUCUUCCGAUACAGAGACUACGGAGGACCUCCAUGCUAGACAUUUGGCCAAACAACUGUCGCCCGUAAGAAGACAUCAUAGUGCUCUGGCCUCGGCCAGUGUUAGAGGACCUCCACCUCAAGCACCAGCUAGACAAUCGGCUAGCCGCAAUAACUCUCUGUCUCCAGUGCGGCCACAAAGGCGCUCAAGAACUCCCGAACAAAGAGCUGAAAUCAUUAAAAAACUCAAUGAUCUAGAGGAACAACAACGUGAAGUGCAGCAAACUCUACCACCUGAAACUACUACCACCGAAUUUGAAACCGAUAGAGAAUCUCAUUUGCGCCAGAGGAAAGUACAUAGAAGUGAAUCUUUGCAUCGUCCAGAACCAAAACGCAAGCAAAGUUUGGAAAAAUCCCAAGACAAGGUAGACAGUUCCAUGCCAGUAGAAAUUACAAAGGAACCUCAACCGGAAAUUAUAAUUACUCAAGACAAGGUUACGGAAAACGUUACAACCACUACCGCUGACAAACUACACAAACCAAGUUUCUUUCAAAAACUUGCACAACUUUUUAGAAAAUCGCCCAAGAAAGAAAUUUUAAAUAAGGAACAAGAAGAAAACUUAUUGCCGCCAACAGCUGGAACACAAGAAAAUCCCGAGAUAACGGAUAAAAUAUUAUCCACAGCUUUUCUCAAAUCUUUUAUUAGCGAUGCCCGACAACAGUGGCGCGUCUACAAAGCCGAACAUCCUCAAGAAAUCAAAGAGACAAAAAAAAUGCGAAAUCGCUGUUUGGCUCACACAGUGAUGUUAAUUCUUCUCCUUGGUUUUGGUGGUCUAAUGUUUCGUUAUACGGAGGGUGCAUCGGAAGAUAUCUACAAGUGUGAAGUUCGCAAAGUUAAAAGAGAUUUCAUUGAUCAUUUAUGGUCGCAUAGCCAUAGUAUGAGAGAGGAUGAUUGGAAGACUUUGGCACGUCAGAAGCUGCGAAAGUUUGAAGAGGAACUACAUACAAUGGGAGAAUUGGGUAUACGUUACUUUCCAGGACAAAAGUCAUGGAAUUUUGUCAAUUGCAUUUUAUAUUGUUGGACUGUGAUAACAACCAUAGGUUAUGGCCACAUAACACCAAAAACCGUUAUUGGCCAAUCGUUGACAAUUGCUUACGCCAUCAUUGGUAUACCCAUGUUCUUGAUAUUGCUGGCUGAUUUUGGCAAACUAUUUACCAGGGCCAUUAAAUUCGUUUGGGGUUAUGUGAGACGUCUCUACUAUACGGGUACUUGUCGCAGGAUACGUAAACAACAGCAAGUUCGUUAUGCAAUGACUGGCUUUUCGAACGUCUACGAUAUGGCAAUACGACGACCCAGCCAUUUCUUUGGCAUGGGGCCAGACACUGAUAUCGAAUCGCAGGCAUCAGAGGCUGGCAAGUCUUUGGGUAACUCCCAUCCCGAAACACCUACCUCACCCUACCCUGAUACCAUAGUGGUGGAUGAUGAAUUUAAUUUACCGAUUUCAUUGGCAUCCAUUGUUUUAAUAUCGUACAUUGUUUGCGGCAUUUUUGUGUACACUUUAUGGGAGGACUGGACUAAGUUCGAGGCCUUUUACUUUAUAUUUAUUUCCAUGUCUACCAUUGGUUUUGGUGAUUUGGUGCCAAAUCAUCCCAUAUUUAUGAUGUGCAGUAUAAUUUAUUUAAUAUUUGGUCUGGCCUUAACAUCUAUGUUCAUCAAUGUGGUGCAGAUUAAGUUAAGUGAUACAUUUAAGGAUGCCAGUGCCAAGAUAGGAGCCACCCUGGGUGUUGGUGUUCCAAGCGAGUUGGGUGAUGAGGCAUCACAGGCUAAAACUCCCUCCGAUUUGGCAUCAAUUCAUGGUUCACGUUUGGGUAAAAUUGCUGAAGAUGAAAAUGAAGACUUGCCCUCGGCCUCACCACCAUUACAGUCCAUUUUAAGAACCACCCGUCCAAAUUCACCAGUAAGUCAAGGAGAGCAGGCUAGUAAUGGUGAGGUGGGACCUCCACCUUUACUGCCACGAAGACAGUUAUCUGUGGAAGAACCUCCCACUGUGGAAAAAAAGAAAAAGAAGCGUUUCUUUAAAUAAAUAAGACAUUUAAUAAGAACAAAUAUGUAGACUCAACUCAAACAAAAUAAAAUUAAGAAAGAGAAAAUUAAGAAGAGCAUCGAAUUUGCAUUCGAUAAUUAACAGUCGUUCCAUUUUUCACUCUACUUUAAAAAAAAGAAAAUCGAAUUAUGAAUAAUUCUCAUUAGCAAUAUGUAAAAGCGUAACAAAUUCAAUUCAAUGACAAUGCGUCUGUCACAAAUCAUCACCAAUGCCUUCUUACUAUUAAAAUAUUAACAAUAAAGUAUCAUUUAACAUAUCACUACAUCUCCUACUCACUGCUGCUUCAUUAUCACUAGAAUAUCAUUCAUCUACAAAUUGUCAUAUAUUUAAUCAUCCAUCAAUAUUAAUGUUUAAAAGAGAGCAGAAUUUUUUUAAAGAAGCCUUCUCUUCACUGGUUCAUUAUAUAAAAUAUAGAUUAUAAUGCUUUGAUUUAGUUUGAUUUAUUUAUUUUUAAUAGUUUUAUUUUUUAUGCAACAAAGACCUUUCAAUUUUUUAUUUUUUUAAAUCAAAAAUCUGUGUAUGCGACCCAAAAUUGGUCAGUUUUACUCAUAUGAUUGUUGUUUUGUUUUAUUUAGUACACUUAAAUAAUUUUUAAUGUUUUAUUUAAUUUUUAAAUUUAAGACCUUAUUUAUGAAAUUGUAAAUAAAUUGUUUUUUAAAUAAAUUAAAGAGAA